CCACGAAUAUCGUAAGUAUCCCAACCCAUAACCAACCCAACAUGUCUUUGAAAGCAAGCCAUCAUACCGACAUGCUAACCCGCUCAUUUACCACAAAGUACCGCGCUACCUCCGUGACCGUGCGUCUCGUUCUUCCCCGUCCUCAUCAUCCCCCGGCUCGGUGCGGAACGAAGCGGGAACAGAGGGUAUGUGCCCGCUACCUACCUACCUACCGAUUCCGGGAGCACGGGGGAGGAGCGGUACAUGGUAGAGGACGGCUGGGUGAGUUGCCGGGAUCUAGUCAGACAGAAAACAAAAAAAGGGGGGGACGACGAAACUGA